AUGGACGAAUUGAAUUUGAACUCUGCUUGGUAUGACAUCAAGAUUAUUUAUCGUUACCCACAAGAAGUCCUACAUGAACGGGUAAAUUACAGAUAUAUGGCGAUUAAAGAAGACAAACAUGUGAAGAUGAUGUUUAAUAGGAUCCAGAAAAUGCCCCAAGUAAAUGCUGCUGAGUUGUACAUAAGUUCAGAGCCGCUUGCGGAAGUUGAUACUGAGAUGGUGCAACAAACAACUACGUCUUUACAAUUUACAACCCUUGAUGAUGGAUGCACUGCAAUGGGAGGGUAUACAAUGGGAGAUUAUAUGCUCCCAUCUCAAGAUCAUGUUGUAAAUACUGGUGAAACCCUCCAUUGUCAAGAGACACAUUUAGAGGAGGAUGACGAAGACGAAGACUAUGUUGAAGACGAAGACAAAGACAAAGAUCAUGUUACGAAUGAUGGUGAAAGUAUUGAUGGUGUGGAUGAGUACGAAGAGAGGAUUGAACGAGGCGACCUUGAGAACGAUGUGGAUGACCAUGAAGUCGUUCCCCAUUUUGAAGAGGAAAAUAUGGAGUUCCAUGAUAAAGGUGAUGCAGACGAUGAUAUUGGCAUCUAG